AUGGCAACCUCACGCAACGACGAGGACUAUCCUCUCUUGUAUGCCGCGCAACUUGCAAGUGCAUCAACUCUGCCUACGGGAUGUAGUGGUGCUAUUGAUAUUGUCAAUGUUAGUUUUGUUUCGCUUAAUGCGGUUGCAUUGCUUUGUGGUAAUAAUAAGUUGAGGUUCGGUGUUGAGAAGGUAGUGGGGAUGGAAAGAAUAGCGUCACCUGGAUUUGGUCUUGUCCUCUGA